AUGACUGAAACUUUCUUCAGGACCGACUUGAAUGCAGAAUCAAACAUAGAAGACGUUUAUAUUGCCGUCUCUGAUAUUGUGGAAAGAGACUGCUCGGAUCUUGAGAUUGAUAAAGUCACUUUAGACUCCGCUCAAAAGCCCAUUCUAUUCUGCCGUGAAAAUCAGAAUCAGGCUGAACCACCAAACGGCACUACCAAUGUUACUCACAUUUCAAAUGAAAAAACUUGGAAAACAGCAUUUGAUACUAGGGCCUUUCAUGAUCUCAAUUGCGAGACUGAGCUUCCAGCUGGAAUGGCGGAGGGUGACGAGGACGAGGACAACUUGGAUACAUUCUCGUAUCCAGUCUUUAUGGACCUGGUUGUAAGAUGUGCAGAAAAAGUUCAGGAUGAUCGAUCACAUGCAUCUAGUGACAGUAUUGGUCAGUAUGACCUACGACGUUGCAAGUUGAACAUCCACCUGCUAGGUCCAACAUUCAAGACAGUAGACUACCGAACCAAGCAAGUGGACUACACAGUGAUGGAUGGCAAAACUUCAGAUAAUUGUACUCUGGAUUGCUCGACGGAGAUCAAUGACGAGCCAAGGCAGAUACCGCCAAUUGGUUUCAUUCGCCGUCAAGUUCAGCUAAAAGCCCUUGAUUGUCAAUCAUAUAAGGGGCCCUCAUGCAAUGGAGUUGCACAAACGGCGGGUCUAUACCUGCAGGAUAGGAGAAACGGCAAGAAGAUGUCUUUGGUUUUACAGACAAGCACAUUUUGGGAGUAUGUUGAAUCAAAAAGAUCGAAAGCAAAGCAAAUGGACAUUGACAUAUGGGUUUCCCUUGGUGCCAGGAAGUCAAAUGAUAUUGAAUUCUAUGGCGAAGAUGAAAGUGUUGUGACCCAAGAGGAUCUCUUGGAAUCACAAGAUCCUUUCACUAAGUAUGCCACACCCGAAAAGGCAAAAGAUCUACGUGCAAGAACUGGAGCUGAAAGGCGGGGCGGGCAAGUGGUAGUGGCCCGUGACUUGCAACAGUACUUUGACAGGCUCUACUCUAGCCCACAGUCAAAAAUGUAUCAUGCUUUCACAAAAGAGCAUAUGACGUAUCUUCUUGGAUACUAUCAAAGGAAACAGGCCAACGAUAUUCUCUGGAUUGACGAAAGAUUCCCUUGUGAAGAUGAUAAUGAAAGUUCCUGGCCCAGUUUGGAAGAACUUCCACCAGAGAUAAAUCCAUCAUCUUGUGAUGAAAACUAUUUUUAUGGGAAAAUUCCUAUCCGUGGUGAAUAUGCUCCUCUUGACUCUCGAAUUCCUACCCGCCCACCGUCGUUUGAGAAGAAGAAAAAGAACAAAUACGAAGAUAUGUCUGCCGCGAUGACCCCAAUGUUGGAAACGCUGUGUUCCCCAGCACCCUCUUCUGUGAUAGGUACAACUACAAACAAUGCCCAGGAUAUCAAUUCGUGUUGGAUUGCCUUUGUCAAUGAAACCACGGAAACUGGUCCCUGCUAUGUGAAAUUGGAUUUGGAUGAUACGACAAUGGGCGAAGUAUGUGCCCGCGAAAAUGUCAUCGAUACUCUAAAACCUGUUUUCUGUGUUGAUGAAGACCUGAACGAAGCAAUAACGAAAGGAGACAAAGAGUGGAAGGUCAAUCUUGCUCUUACUGCACAGGAUAGUCUCAAGGCAUCAAUGCAUCUGAAACAUUUUCAGAAAGAGACAGUCGUCGGAGUUGUCCAGUCGGUCUAUGGAAGAAUCAGAGACGAUUCUCCCACAGUGUAUGUGCGGCUCCUGGUGACGGACGUUUUCAAACUGGGUGAAAAACAAGUAAGGGUGAACCCUUUUCAGCAGCUGUAG